CAAGGCAACGGACAGCAGGCCAUGUCCCUGGCCAUCCUGCGGGUCAUCCGCCUGGUGAGGGUCUUCCGCAUCUUCAAGCUCUCCCGCCACUCCAAGGGGCUGCAGAUCCUGGGGCAGACGCUGAAGGCCUCCAUGCGGGAGCUGGGGCUGCUCAUCUUCUUCCUCUUCAUCGGGGUCAUCCUCUUCUCCAGCGCCGUCUACUUCGCCGAGGCCGACGACCCCACUUCGGGUUUUAGCAGCAUCCCGGACGCCUUCUGGUGGGCAGUGGUCACCAUGACGACCGUGGGCUACGGUGACAUGCACCCAGUGACCAUAGGGGGCAAGAUCGUGGGGUCGCUCUGUGCCAUCGCCGGCGUCUUGACCAUUGCUUUGCCAGUUCCCGUGAUCGUCUCCAACUUCAACUACUUCUACCACCGCGAGACCGAGGGGGAAGAGCAAGCCCAGUACAUGCACGUGGGCAGUUGCCAGCACCUCUCCUCUUCGGCCGAGGAGCUCCGCAAAGCCCGGAGUAACUCGACUCUGAGUAAGUCGGAGUAUAUGGUGAUCGAAGAGGGGGGUAUGAACCAUAGCGCUUUCCCCCAGACCCCCUUCAAGACGGGCAACUCCACGGCCCCCUGCACCACGAACAAUAACCCCAACUCCUGUGUCAACAUCAAGAAGAUAUUCACGGAUGUUUAACAUGUGAACCAAGUGACAUACUGUGCCGGGUAGUGUGUGGAAUGUGUCCCCUCGGUCCUGUUUUCUACAUCUCCAGACCAUCCAUCACGGACAGAGCACUGGGAAGUGGAGCGCCCAUGUCAUUCUCCUUACCGCUUCAGACUGAAAGGGGUGUCUGUAUGCAAGCGGGCUGCAUCCUCUCAGCUCUCCUCUCCCUCCCCCAAACCCCCUCUUAAUAGUGAGAACUACAAGCUUGUUACUUUAACCUUGAUUUCUUGUACACUCCCUAUUUAAGAAGAACAACAAAAAACAAAAAAGCACAUCCUGGGGGUGGGGGUGGAAAUGAAACUAGAGAGCAGUUAGAGUGAGUAACCGUUUAACCUCAACAUUGAAAAGGUGGUUUCCCCUUACUGAGUAACGCAGGCAGAUUCUGAACGAUGCUUCAGCGGGGUGGACCCUCCCAGAUCCUGUGUUGAAUGUUUAGCUCCAGGACCUACCGCGUGGCCAUGUGGAUGGAAAGUCGAAUUAGAACCAUUGACUUGUAAACCCCACCACAAGUUUAUUUGAUCUAGUUGAACCUUCCUCCUUCCGGAAUUUGAAGCGUUUCUGCAACUUUGAGCAAAGGGAAAUGCCCAAGGUGUCUGAUCUGACCAAUUAGUUUCACUCUUUUUUUGACUGGUUAAGCCUUGCAGAAGUAUUAGAUGAACAGCUAAUUCCCAUGCAGAAGUUCGGUGCAUGUUACCCAGCCAACACCUAUCAAAGUCUAGAAACAGAUGUUUUCAGUGCUGCGAGAGGGAAAACAGUUCUGAUGCUUCUGAGCAAUAAAGCUUCUGCAGUGUCACACGAAGAUUAAAAGUGGCAGACUCCCCUUCCAGCGGAAGUUACUAAUUCGGACCUGACUGAUGCAGUUCCCAUAGCAACCCACGUUUCCUGGGAAACCUGAAAAAGGUUGUCAUGGCAUCUCCUGCUCUCUAGCCCUACCCCCAGUCUCUGCCGUUUCCACAGUAACCUUUCCAGAGGGUUUUUAACAUGGGUUCAUAAGGAAAGUCUGUUUGAAUAAACCGCACAAAUAAAGUUCAGCCUGAAAAUCCGAGGAGGUGAAAUGAGUCACAAAUUGAAUUUUUUUUCUUUUUACUACCAAAAACAUCAUUGAUGUCAUCCCAUAAGGACUGAAUCAAGAAAGAAGAGGAUCGUGGAAUGUUAGCUAUCACCCACAAUAUAAGGCAUGGUUUGACUGAAAUGCCAGUUAUUCGGCAAUAAUUUUAAAAGAAGCUUCUCUACAGUUUUCUUUCUCUUUCUCCAGGACGUUUCAAGCCAACAAAGGAAGGUAAAAGGCGAAUGUUCAAGUGGUUUGUAUGUUAGCGAAUGAGAGAUUCAUUCAGGGCACCAUAGUACUCAUAAAACUUGAAAUACACAAAGGAUGCAAGUUUUUAACUGAGGGAAUUGCAGACAAUCAAUAAAAACGAGGGACGGGAAGUCAUCAAACUUUGGGGAAUUCCGGCAAGUUUCAGCCAAAUGCCAGGGGUUGCCAGAAGACAGACAGCGCCAGAUUUCUGAAGAGCCCGGCUGAGGGACCGUGGAGCGGCACUGGCCAGUGAGAUGCGCCUGUUUAACUUCCUAGAUCCAGAUGCAGUGGCAGUUCCAUCACAGAUGGGUGGUGGUGAGCUGCCUCUGCCUGCACACCUGUGUAGUUUUGUUUCAGUUGACCUUAACACGUCUCUUACAAACGCUUUAUAUAUACGAAACAGCAUUGACGCUAGAAGAUUAUCCUUAAAUUGUGUGCAAUCUAACAGCUAUUUUUCAAGUAAAUUUAAGGUAUCACGUCAGCCUUCUGGCAUUAUAGCGAAGUCUAAUAUCCAAAAUCUUAAAAUUAGUGCUGUUGAUAAAGAAAGUCUAAAUAUUUGUUUCUAACAAGCCAACCAUGACUGCUUUCUUUUUCCCUAGUUAAUCGCUGGACUGUGUUUAAUUGUGAGAUAAACCAAUGUUGUAGUCUGUAUUCUGGGUCAUGUGGAACUUUAUUUGUGCAGGUAUGUUUGGUACCAAAGGCUCUCAGACAUAGAUUAGCCAAUUUACACAUAAAAAGAGAAAUCUACACUGUGCCCAAAUAGAUGGUGUGAGAGACAGACUUGCCUAAAAGAAAUGUGCCUUGCUUGAUUAAACAGUCUUUUUUUUAUUAUUCAAAAUGGUAAAAUUGCAAAUUAGUCCUAGUAGGUAGGUUUUAGCUGAACUGAAUUGUACAAAAAAUAGAUUUGGUACUCAUCACAUGCUUCCGUUCUUCAUCGUUACUAGAACUUCAGCAUGUGGUGACACCGUUCAGCUGUUCCUGGACACUGUCCCUGUUCGGUUGCAUUUUUGUGGGAUGUUAGUGUGUUGAUAGGAAUCACCCUCUUAAAGAUGUGUAGAGUGUUUCAUUCUACCGUUUAAGCAUUUCCUUCUAAUUCUAUUUGUAAUAAGUUUUCUGUAUCAGCUUCUAUUUUUAUAUUCUGUUGGAAAUAGCUAUCUCUUUCAAUAGUUUGGGAUUUCUACUCGCUUUAAACAUAGUGUUUGAGUUAGAAAAGAGGUUGAGAAGGUCAUGAAGGGUGGUUUCCCAUUUGGGGGCAUUUCACUUCUGUGCCAUUAUUAAUGUAUUUACUGUGACAUUUCAGCAGAAUGGUAGCUAUUUGUAUAUUAUUUAAUAAGCCUUAUAGAAAGUCAAACUGUGAACACUUAGUAUAAAGGAAAAACAAGACUUUUUUUUUACUUCUAUACUUUAUUUUCUAACACACAAAUACAUGAACAAAUGUAUAAAUAACUUAGCUCCUGUUAUACAAACGCACAACAAGGCUACGUCAUAGGAAGAGCACCUCCAGAGUUUCAACUCUUAAGGAACUCCUUUGGCAGCCAUGCCAAGAUUAUAGUACUCUUUGAUGCCCGUUACGAGGAAAUACAGGUGAUGCAUUUCAUUGCUAAAUAUAUGUGUGUGUGUGUGUGUGUGUGUGUGUGUGUGGGAGUUUACACAUACGUGUCUAUAUGUAUAUGUACAUGUGUAUAGUUCUUGUAAACUUUAUUGAAAUUGUUUGAGCAAUUUCAUAACCCUGGGGGGAAAUGUUUUCUAUCUUAAAUGAACACAUCAAAGGUAAGCAAUUGGGGAACAAAAUGUUUUCUAUCUUAAAUGAACACAUCAAAGGUAGGCAAUUGGGGAACAAUCAGUAACUGAAGCAAUUAUCCCCGAGCAGUGAGAGAGAUGGACGGGAGGUCACCAAGCCACUCAUUCUGCACAAUAUGCUGGUCAGACUUGAAGACUAGAUCACUUAAGGGGAAAAGGGAAGGGAAGGAGUGGCAGUUACAACAGAUGGAGCUGUGUGCACCUCAGGUCAGGAUGAUUUGCCCAUCCCCUGGCUUCCACCCUGUGCCAGCUCAUAUAGCCGAGGCCCUAACUAGCCCAGAGCAUGGCCACAGUCAAGGGGUUGCCGUCAGCUCUCAGGGUGAGUGGAACCAGUGGCACCACUGUGCUGUGGGACGUCUUAGACGUUUAUGUGUGUUAAUAAGGAUCAGUAAGGGUUUCCAAUAGAGCCAAAAGAGCUACCUGCGUAAACACCAAUGAUACACCUUCAUACACUGCCAUCUAUUUAUUAUCACAGGAUGCAUUGCAAAUAAAGACUGAGUCUGGACUUCGGUAUAAACACAAGCCCAGAAUUGUGCCAGGUGAACAAACUGUCAUGUCAAAGAUGGCUCACAUGGUGGGUAGUUAAAGGAGUGCCGGCAGCAUUCUUAGCCGCUUCCUUCCAGCGGGAGCCCACAGCAAUGCCUCACCAGUGCUAGCCUCAGUGUCAUGUGUGAAAUAGGUCUGCCGAAGCCUGCCCGGCCUUCACAUCCUCAGCACGCACGUUUGAAAAUGCUUCGAAGAGGACUUCCGCGCUCAGGCUUUCUUAAGCUCAUCUCGGAAGGAAAACAUGCAUUGAAAUAAGCCCUGAAAGCCCCAUACACCUGUCACUCUUCAAGUUGAUUGUGGAAACAGGGAGUACGGAUCUCUUUCCCUCCUACCAGAAUCAUCACUGGCCUGUGAUGGACCAGGAAAAAGUAGAAAAAUCGCCCUGCAAAAUGGGAACAACGCAGUGGAAUAGCAGCAAGGGCAUGUUACUUAAAUUUAACUAAAGGUCAAGGUCAUUUGACACGUUUAUGUGGCAUUCUAAGGCAGUAGCAGAACUUGAUCGUGUGCUCUAUUGGCCUGGCAGAGGCUGGAGGGAUAGGAGCAUUUGUCUGUCUCUUCGUUCUGUAGCCAAGGAACAGUUCGUUAGAGCUGUGCUUUCACAACGGCUCUGCCGGUGACCUUCCUGUGUCCUUGGUAAGUCCCUGUAACCUCCCUCAGCCCCAGGAACUUGACCGGCACAGGGAAGAACUUACAUACGUAAAGUUGUCUCCAUCUUUGAAAACUCUGUAACACGUUCAGAUCUUCAUUCUUCUACAUAGAAAGGCACAUGCUGCUCCAGUCCUACGCAUGUCUCUACUAUAGGGAAUGAACAUAUCCCCAAGAUUUAUAAAGAGAUCAGUUACUGGCAAUUUUGAAAAUUCAAAUAUUGAUAUUUCUGAUAUUGCUAAGUAAUCUCAGCACACUAUAAAAGCAAAAAUCAAGUAUUAAAAAUGUAAUCGCUUUUAAUUUUGACCGUAGUAUAAUUACUAUGGUUUAUCAUUUCAUCUUGGAGCGUGGAGUUAUUUAACUGGAAAAAAAAAAAAAGAAAAUACUAUUCAAAUUAGUCUUCUAUUUAAAUUUGGCUAAAUAAACAGCCAACAAGAAUCAACUGUAGUUGAUGAGUAAGGUGCAUUUUAUCACAUUAAAAACUAAUGCCAUUGGAUCCCAGAAGCAAUGUUUAUAAUUUAAAAUAAUAGUCACAAACUUGUGAAAUUUUGUGAAGACCAGUGAGGCCUGAUACGAGCCAUAAUGUAGUGAAUUUUGCUCAGGAGUGAAAAACAAAAUCCAGGGAGAGCCCAAGCUCGUUCUGUUUGCUUUAGUGAACAGUUGGCGAGAGAAGCUUUUGCCCUGCACACAAAGUAGGUGCUAGGUGACUAGACCCGCUGAAAAGCAGAAGUUUGUUGUGGUUGCGUACUUUUGGUAGACAGAGAUUAGGCAAGAAGGAUGCCGAAAUGUGGGCACCAGAGAAAUUGUCAAAACGCUGGCAGUCCGUUUGAAUAACACAGUGCUGUUUUGUCAUGCUGAAGUGAUUUGUGCAGAGGUCUGGUCUUCCAUCAUUUCCAUGCAGAAAGGGGGCAGUCUUUCAAGGCCUCUUACCAUCACAGGGAAUGUAUAUGUCGACUGGUGAAGCAAAUCACUGGAACAUUUAGCCUGGUAAUUUUGUUUUUGUGAAUAAGAAUUUUCCGUGUUGGUGUAGUUGAGUCUUUUUUGUAUUGCUGUUUGUGGUUUUUGUGAGACGUGAUUUUGUCCCUUUUUUAAGCUGCUGAAAUGUGCUAUUGGUGAUGCCGUGUUAGCAUUGUAUCUCGACAAUAAUUUGUGAACUGACCAUACUAAAACAAACCAUUGUAGUAUCUCUCCCGGUACAUUGUUUCCAUCCUGUGGUCUCUUAAU